UGUGCAAUGUUGGGCACUAUUUACUAUAUUUAUGUCGGUCCAAGGCAGAAAAUUGGUUUUGGUCUUAAUUUCAAUAGACCGCAAUUUGGAAUACCAAACAUAUUGCCAGCUGCAGCAAGAAGAUCCUUCUUAUUUGCCCGUUUCGACAACACUUCGACUGAUGGUGGCGCAGUGGACUUAGCAGCUUGCGCAAUAGCUUCUGAAGGCAGUGUUGCAAGUUCACUGUAUGACAUGGAGGAUACAUUCGAAAACACCGAAUACAGCCCGAAUCUGCAGGAAGCUGGAGAAAGAGCUGUGGCCACUUUUAGUGAGUUGCAGAAACGAGAACAAGAAGAACAAGCAGAUCUAUUAAAUCUUAAUGAUAUCGAAGAAUAAUUUUAAUAUAUGUAUUUCCUGUAUUAUAUAAAACU